AUGUCCUUAGCGGCUACUACUAACCAUGCUAGUGAAAUGUGGAACAAUAAUACAGAUGUGAACGCUCAAAGUGCACUACAUCCCAAACAAAACGCAUAUAAGCAAUUCUCAACAAUGGCUCCUGAAUACUACAAUCAUCAAAAUAAUUAUUAUUCUCAGAACUUCAAUUACUCAAACACAAUAAGUGCUGGUUACGAUAAAAUGUACGGACAGGAUCAGAGUGAGGGCAUAGUGAAAAUGGAACCUAGUACAUGGCAGGGCUAUCAUACUGACUACUUUAAUGUACCCCAAUCCAAUAUGGAAAUGAUCAAUAGGUGGAGAGAAAUGAAUUAUUAUGCACAGCAGCAGCAGAAAAACUACGGCUAUGAACAAAGAAGUAAUCAAGUAAAUCAAGUUAGUAAUAACUUUGAACCUAAAAACCUUAAUGAAGCUGGGAUGAUAAAAUCACCCAGUCUAUGUAGUCCUCCUGAUACUAGGUAUGGAUCUCCGCAAAGCGCAACUAGUAAUGUCCAACCACCUACACCGGAGGUAGAAGAUUCACCAAAUUUAAGGGCAUUACUUUCUAAGACUGGGUCUAAAAAAUCGUCACCUUACUAUGGCAAAUGUGACAAAGCGUAUACACAAGAUAUAUUGCAAAGUGUAAUGUUUACUUCGGAAGAAGUACAUGAUUGGAAAAAAAAUAAUGUGAUCACCGAAAAGGAAUGCAAUUUGUCGCAAUUUCAUGGUGGAUAUGGAACCGUAGGAAGUCAAACGUCAAUCAAGAAAGAUGCUGUGGGUGGAGCCGCGGACGAUGCACCGUCAUCGCAGGAAUCCGCGGAAGCCUGUCAGGAUGUGACGAGGGUUGAGGCAGGCGGGGACAAUACGGAUUAUACCGAAAACAAAAUGGCCGCGGCGCAGGAUGCACAAGGAUUCUAUCCGUGGAUGAAGAGUGUCAAUGGCGAUGAUAAAAAAGACGGAUCAAAACGGACAAGACAGACUUACACUAGAUUUCAAACCCUUGAGUUGGAAAAAGAGUUUCAUUUCAAUAAGUAUUUAUCUCGAAGACGAAGAAUUGAAGUAUCACAUGCGUUGGGAUUGACGGAACGACAGAUCAAAAUAUGGUUUCAAAACAGAAGGAUGAAAGCGAAGAAAGAUGGAAAACUGACAACAUCACCUGAUCCAUAUGGUAUCGAUGACAUGAGUGCCACAAAGUUAAGUACCAUGCCUGAAUAUAUAGACACACGGCAACUUAUGCCAGCCAUCGGUGAAUAUCCCAAUUAUCACAUGGCUGGUGCACCGACUAACACCUCCCAUAUUCCAGCAAAUAUCGCACAAAAUUUUGUGAUGCCUUCGUAUGAUGGAGUUUAA